UACAGAAUACUACUAACUAGACAUAUGAUUUACCUUUAGGAAUUGGGUUUGAAUAUUGAAUUAUACUUUGGAAGAAUCAGAGUUAAUAGUUAUAAUAAAUAAUUGUAUAGUUAUUAAAGUUAUAAACCUACAAACAAGGGUGUUAUUAAUUACUAUAAUCCAGAUAUCUUUUGAUUAGUGAGGACGAUAUAUUCUCAUAAUACAUAAUUAUGGAAUUAAUUAUUAAGGUGCACUUAUUUAGAAGCCCCUACACUAUGUGUUAUAUAUCAGAAAAUAAGAUGAUAUUGUCUGAAGAACAAGUUAAGUCAUUUGGUCUGAAAAAUGCCUGCGGAGAUAAAAUUGAUGAAAACGAUUUUAAGAUUGUUCCUAAACAAAAAAAUAAUUUCAAACUGAACACAACUGCUUUCUUUCUGCAAGCAUUUGUAAAAGAAUGUUUUAAUUCAGAUAUAUACAGAAGAAAUGUUUUAUGCAGUAUGAGUAAGAUUUGUGGGACAAGUACUGAACCAAUGUUUUUAAAAUUAAUUUUAGAACCUCCUGAUAAAGAAGUUAUUGAUUAUGGCUGGAAUAUGAGAAUUGCACAGUUAUUAUGGACAAAGAUGGAAGUAGAAAAUGCAUUUGCUUGGCUCUCAACACUUGGAGGAGCAUAUUCUGCAUUAGGAGACUACUUUGCAUAUUGUGCUGACGAGGCAGCAAGAAUAUCAGUUAAGCAGUACAAAUUAUCUAAAAUGCUGGGAGACGAAAGUUUAGCACAACGCAGUAAACUCUAUUCAGCGAUAGCAUUUGCACAGAAAGGCAACUUGAAACUUGCUAGGCAUAUUGUACGAUCUGUUGCGGAAUUUGCUAGAUCUACUCAAGAUAUACGGCUGAAUCGAAUGUGUCAAGGAGUCUGGGCGAAACUUCAGUAUUUAAGGCAGGAAUAUCAGAAUAGUGACAAAAGUGUUGCUGUCUUAGAUAAAUAAUAUGAAAAAUAAACAGUUUAUUUAUUGUUGUUAAA